AUGGGUGCUGAAGAAUUAGAACGUUAUUUUCCUAAUAGACAACUUCAUGUAUGGAUUGGUUCCUGGAACAUGGGAGAACAUAAGACAUUAUCAUCACCAAUGACAGAUUUUCUAUUACCAGAAUCAUGUAAAUAUGUACAGAAUAUGUAUGUUGUUGGUACACAAGAGAACGCUAUGAAUAGAAAAGAGUGGGAGGUGUUACUACAAGAUACAUUAGGUCCAAUGUUUGUAUUAUUUCAUUCUGUAUCUCAUGGUUCUCUUCAUUUAGCAGUAUUUAUUCAUCGUGAUCUCAUCUGGUUUUGUUCAGUGCCAGAAGAAGAUCUUGUAUCAACUAGAGCAAUGACUAUGGUUAAAACGAAAGGAGCUAUUGCCAUUUCUUUGUCAUUUUUUGGUACUUCUAUGUUGUUUAUUAAUUGUCAUCUUACAUCUGAUCAGUCGAAGAAAAGAGACAGAAUAUUAGAUUAUGAGAAGAUUAUAUCUGGACUAAAACUACCCAAAUCAUCUCGAUCAUCUAAAGAUGUAACGGCUAAUUUCGACUGUGUUUAUUGGUGUGGUGAUUUAAAUUUCCGUAUUGAAAGAAAGAAGAUAACAGUUGAACAGAAGGUAUCUGAGAUAACAGAAAGAAGUAUACAGAAUUAUGAUGACUUGAUUAAAGCUGAUCAACUAACUCAUAUAUUAACUGAGGGUAGAAUAUUUCAUGGUUUUCAAGAAGGAAGAAUAACAUUUCCACCAACUUAUAAAUAUGAUGUCAGUAGUAAUCAGUUUGAUACUUCUAAUAAAAGUAGAAUUCCUUCUUAUACGGAUAGAAUACUGUUCAGAUCUAAGAAGAGAAAUCAUAUAUCCUGUUUAGAUUAUAAUUCAGUUAUGUCUGUAAAAGUAUCUGAUCAUAAACCAGUGUAUGGUAUUUACCAAAUGGCGCUGAAACCAAGCAAAGAAAUUAGACCAUCCGCUGCCGGCCAUUUUGAUAAAGAGGUGUAUUUAAAAGGUAAGUUAUUUCAGUUAUGCGUUCUUAAGUUCUAUAAGUUUUCAUAA